AUGGCUACCAACAGUGCACGAGCACAACCAAUUUCCUCGACCGACCUGCAACAGGAUGGCACAUCCACAAAGGCCGCCAUUCAACCACCCGCCCCAGCCAAGGUGAAAACCGAGAAGGAGCUCGAAAGGGAACGCAAGAAGGCAGAAAAGCAAGCUGCCUUCGAGAAAAAGAAGGCUGCCCAGGCUGAGGCGGCCACCGCUGCGAAAACGACCAAGGUGAAGGAGAACCAGAAAAAGACCGAGGUCGAAGUCUUACCUCCGUUCGUUGAGGACACUCCACAUGGGGAGAGGAAACGGCUUAAGCCGUUCGAUGACCCUCACUAUUCCUCGUAUCACCCUGUUGCUGUUGAGUCGGCUUGGUAUGCUUGGUGGGAGAAGGAGGGAUUCUUCAAGCCACAAUUCACUCCAGAAGGCAAGGUCAAGCCUGAGGGCUCCUUCGUCAUCGUCUUGCCUCCCCCAAACGUCACGGGAGCCUUGCACAUGGGUCAUCCCUUGGGCAACUCGCUGCAAGACCUACUAAUCCGCUACAAUCGACAAAAGGGAAAGACCACAUUGUGGCUACCCGGUUGUGACCAUGCUGGCAUUGCGACACAGAGCGUUGUGGAGAAGGCACUUUGGAAGAGGAAACAACAGACCAGGCAUGAUCUCGGCAGAACAAAAUUCGUUGAGCUCGUCCAGGAUUGGAAAGAAGAGUACCACCAAAAGAUCAACAAGGUCUUUAGAAAACUGGGAAGCAGUCUCGAUUGGAGCAGAGAGGCAUUUACAAUGAACGACCACUUUUCAGCAGCUGUCACUGAGGUUUUCGUCAGAUUCCAUGAAGAGGGCAUCAUCUAUCGAGAUAACCGUAUAGUCAAUUGGGAUUCCACAUUGACAACUGCUCUCAGUAAUAUUGAGGUGGAUAACGAGGAACUGUCAGGGCGCACGCUUCUUGACGUACCAGGGUACGACAAAAAGAUCGAGUUUGGAAUCCUUCUUCAUUUUAAAUAUCCGAUUGAGAAUUCCCAGGAGACUCUUGAGGUUGCAACAACGCGUCCCGAGACCAUUCUAGGUGACAGCGGCAUUGCCGUGCACCCGCAUGAUCCUCGAUACUCACAUCUAGUGGGCAAAUUUGCUGUUCAUCCCUUCAUCGAGGGUCGCAGGCUUCCAAUCGUGGCGGACACAUAUGUCGACCGUGAGUUCGGUACGGGUGCCGUCAAGUUGACGCCAGCACACGAUCCCAACGAUUUUAAGCUGGGUGUAACCCACAAUCUUGCGUUUAUCAACAUCUUUACAGAUGACGGAUUGAUCAACGAGAAUGGUGGCCCAUACCAAAGCCAGAAACGAUUUGACGUCCGGUACCGCAUCCAGGAAGAUCUGAAGAAACUUGGCCUCUACGUGGACAAGAUGGACAACCCCAUGACUGUACCACGCUCAGAGAGGACCAGGGAUGUCGUCGAGCCUAUGAUGAAGCCACAGUGGUGGGUGAAGAUGGCUGAUCUCGCAGAACCAGCCUCUAAAGCAGUCCAAAACGGCCAGAUCAAGAUCAGGCCCGAGUCAGCGGAAAAGAAAUACCUUGCCUGGAUGGCUAACAUCAACGACUGGUGCAUCUCAAGACAGUUGUGGUGGGGACAUCAGUGCCCUGUGUAUCGUAUUCGUUUUGAAGGAGAAGAUGGCCAGGAUUCCAACGAUAGAUGGUUUGCAGGACGGAACUAUCAAGAAGCCUUCGACAAAGCCAAGAAGGCCUGGCCGGACAAAAAGUUUGAACUGAUUCGGGAUGAGGAUGUCCUUGAUACAUGGUUCAGCGCUGGUCUCUGGCCUUUCGCGACUCUUGGCUGGCCUAAAGACACACCCGAUAUGUCUCGUCUAUUCCCCACUAGUGUCCUAGAGACCGGAUGGGACAUCAUUCCCUUCUGGGUCGCUCGUAUGAUCUUCCUCGGUAUAAAGCUCACUGGAAAAGUACCAUUUACCGAGGUGUUCUGUCAUUCCCUAAUCCGUGACUCCGAUGGGCGAAAAAUGAGCAAAUCACUCGGCAAUGUCAUUGAUCCUUUGGACGUCAUUAGCGGCGUCGAGCUCCAGGCUUUGCAUGACAAGCUACUUAGCGGCAACCUCGCCGCCUCGGAAGUAAAGAAGGCUACCGCGUACCAGAAAAGUGCAUUCCCGCAGGGCAUUCCGGAAUGCGGAUCAGACGCUCUUCGCUUCGGUCUCAUCGCCUGUUGUACGACCGGUGGCGACCUGAAUGUCGAUGUCAAGGUCAUCCACGUUUACAGGCGCUUCUGCAACAAGAUCUGGAACGCGUGCAAGUAUGUCGUCGGCAAGCUGGAGACAGUCAAGGAGUUUGUUCCCGCGAAGCAGCCGGCCCGUAGGGGAAAUGAGUCGCUAGCAGAGCUCUGGAUUCUCGGGAAGAUGAACCAUGCUACUAAGGCAAUUAGUGAGGCACUCGAGCAGAGAGAUUUCAUGAAGAGUGCCAACCUUGUGUACUCCUUCUGGUAUUUCCAGCUGUGCGAUGUCUUCAUCGAGAACUCCAAGGCUUUGAUCCAGGAUGGGUCUGACGCUCAGAUAAAUUCUGCGCUCCAGACACUCUACACGGUUCUUGAAAGAGCUCUCGUGCUGUCUCAUCCAUUCCUUCCGUUCAUUACGGAAGAACUUUGGCAGAGGUUGCGCAGACGGCCGGGUGAUGAAACACCAAGUAUUAUGGUGGCUAAGUAUCCUGAAUGGGAUCAGCAGUUCGAGAACCCAGAGGCUGAGGCUGCUUACGACGUUGUUCUGGGCGCCUCAAAAGGCAUUCGAUCCCUGGUCGCCGAGUACUCAUCCAAGGACGAGGCGAAGAUUUUCAUUCAGGCCCACGACGCAGCGUCGCACAGAACCGUGUCCGAACAGAAGUCAUCCAUCCGUUCUCUCAGCGGCAAGAGAGCCAUGGAAAUUGAGGUCCUCUCGUUGAAUCACGCUCGCCCUGCCGGCUGCGUUGCCUUUGGCGUAUCCAGCGCCGUUUCCGUUUUCAUUUUGGUCAAAGACCGACUCAACUUGGAUGAGGAGAUCUCGAAGGCGAGGAAGAAGCUGGAGAAGACCCGUGCCGCGGCCCAGAGGCAGCAGAAGCUCCUUCAAGAUCCGGUGUACCUCAGGAAGGUGGCCCUAGCAACGAAGAAUGGCGACGAGAGGAGGCUGGCUGAUCUAGAGAGCGAGGCGAAUGGCCUCGAAACAACCAUUGAGCAGUUUAAGCAGCUGAAGUUGGAGUAA